CUUUUCCAAUGAGUGAGAGAAAGCCAGAAAGGGACCAACAUGCAUAUAAGUUAAUGCAGCUGCAGAGAGAGGACUGUGAGGUGAAGUUGAAGACCAUCACAGCUUCUUUUUCAGCAUAGAAAGCGAAGCUUCUCUUUUCCAUCAUUAUUACUCCCUCGGUACUCUUGCUUCUAUGUUUUUCGCAUUCUCUCCUUAAUUUGCUCUUUCAGUCACAGAACACACGCAGAAACACAUAAUAAUACCCAACAAUCCCCCUCCCAAAAGAAAGAAAAAAAAACAGAGAGAUGGAGUUUGAGCUUGAAGACCCACUAACAAGCGUCGAAGAGCACCAAUCUGACACAAUCUCAAAUCUCUUCGCCUCUGAAUCUGAUCACAUGCCCUCACAGAACUUCUUAAGCAGCUUAAUGGACAGUGAUUUCCACGUUUCUCUUCGCUCCGAAGCUAUUUCUUAUAUGUCUCAGUUCACCGGCAACUUGGACCCGUUCAUUCCCUACCUUGCUGUCAAUUACAUGGACAGGUUUAUUUCAAAGCAAGAAAUCCCGCAAGGAAAGCCAUGGGUGCUGAGACUUCUUGUAAUAUCUUGCCUCUCUCUAGCAGCAAAGAUGAAGGACACGCCCUUCUCGCUCUCCGAUUUCCUGAGAGACGAAGGUCAUAUCUUUGACGCGCAGGCAAUAAGUAAAAUGGAGCUUCUCAUUCUCGAUGCUCUGGAUUGGCGUAUGAGAUCAAUGACACCUUUCCCAUUUUUGGACUUUUUUCUGUCUUUAUUCGAACUCAAAGAUCCACCAUUUAUCCAAGCCCUCAAAUGUCGAGCUUCAGAGAUAAUCUUCCAUGCUCAUAAUGAAGUCAAGCUUUUAGAGUACAAACCAUCGAUAAUUGCUGCAUCGGCGCUUCUAUCCGCCUCUUAUCAGCUAUUCCCAUUGCAAUUUCCUUCUUUCAAAGCUUCGAUUUUGUCUUGCAAAUACAUGAAGAAAGAGAACUUGAUGAAGUGCCUCAACGUGCUGCGAGAAAUGGUGGUGAUGGUGGUGGAGGGGUACGAGCCAAUGUUAGAUGCGGAAUCGAGCACAAGGACCCCAUUGAGCGUACUGGACCGUCAUUUCACCAAAUGGGAAUGCCAGAACAUCACCACCGCCCAUACCACUGUAGGGCCGGAGAAGAGGGACAUCAAGCGGCGUAAAAUGAAUGGCGUCUGCUACCAGAUUCAGCAGAGCUCAAGAGAGUGGGGCAAAUAAAUGAACUGCUCGAGGUCUCUGUAAUCUGUAUCCCCCUCAUCAACAAAACAGGACAAAAGGAGGAGAAAUGGAGGGCUGUGAUUUGAAGCAUAAAAAAAGAAAAGAAAAGAAAAAUCAACGGCUCGCAAUGAGGCUCGUUCAUCAAUGAAAUUUUAUACUCCUACUCCUUUGUCUUCUUGAAUUGGGUGAGUUUGGUUCAUUGGUUGUGUAUCCUCCUUCCUGGUGGCGGAGACGAAUAAAAAAACAAUCCCAUAUUUAUUAAAAAUAUUGAUUUUUUUUUUUUUUUU